AUGGAUCCUCUCCAGUUUGACAAGAUCGGACACCGCUACAACGAUGUGACCAAUCUUCCUAGCGUAUGGCUACUAGAGGACAUCCUUAAAAGCCAAAUCGGUCCGAUUCAAGGUCUCGACGUGCUUGACCUAGCCUGCGGAAACGGGUAUUGGUCCAGGAGAAGCAUUGAUUGGGGAGCGAAGAAGGUUGUUGGCGUGGAUAUCUCCAAGGUCAUGGUGGACAACGCACAACUCCAGGCCCGGGCAGAAGAUCCCUCUGAAUUCCAUGUUGUGGACUGCAUCGCGCCAUUCAACAUGGGGGCAUUUGACCUCGUCCUAGGAAUCUGGCUUUUGAACUAUGCCAAGGACAAAACGGAGUUGUUGACUAUGUGGCAGAACAUUUUUCACAGCCUGAAGCCCGGCGGGCGGUUUGUCGGGGUCAUUCCAAAUUAUGAAAUACUACAGACGACUGCCUGUGGACAGGAAUACCACUUUGGAGGAGUGACUUACAAAGUGCUUGAACGGAUCACAGAAGGAACUCGCAUUCAAGUUAUUCUUGACACGACGGACCCGAUAGCCUCCAUCUGCUAUAUGCUUGAACCAGGGUUGCAUGAGGAAUGUGCCGCUCAGGCUGGAUUCAGCAACUUGAGAUGGGAACCACUUCCUAGUGAACUCGACGUGGACCUCGGUCCUCUUUUUUUCCAGAUUGUUACUGCUUCGUGUUAA